UCAAGGCUGGUCGCUCUGUCACGCUCACUACAUUCGCAAUACUGUGCAAUAUGAUCGGGUCGGUAUACUUUCCUUUUUGCUAUUUCAUGUGUUCAGGUAGCCAGCAAAAGUGCUAACGUCAGAAUUUGUGCGCGAUAUUUUUGCAAACUUCGAUUUAUAAAAACUAUAUAGGAAUUUUUUAACGUGCAACUUUCAAUCAAAUUGUUUUUACGAUUUAACGCUGUAAGAACGUUUUAUAGUGUGAAAAGUUUUAUUUGUGAUGCUUGUGACAGUGGAAAUUAUUAUUACGCAAGAUAUUAACAAGAAUGCGUUUAUCGAAUGUACUUUCAAUAAAUAAAACGCACAUCUUUGUAUCGUAUAAAUGCAUUGUGAUUUAGGAUAGUGUAAUACUGAAUUAAAAAAUACCAGAUGUCAUGAGAUCAAACGUGCUCUAUAUCGUGUUUUUAUUUUUUGCUCACAAAUUGUAUAAUUUUCAAUCUAAUCAAGACAGAAAAAAUAAUUUAUUUAAACACGUUUAAUUAUUUCUACAAGAAAUUCUGAUAAAAUGUCGCAGAGAAUUAACAUAUAGUAAAAGAAAACCUUAUAUUUUGAAAAUGUUAAUUGAUAAUCGUUCAUUUCUUUUAUGACAAGUGAUAUCAUAAAUUGAUAUUAUAGCUGAUAUUGAUAUACAUAUAAAUAAUUUACUUAGUCAUUCUUUUGCUUUUAAAGUAAUAAUAAAAAUGAUAUAAUAAUGAACGAUAAGUUUCUGCAAAACGUAUUAAGCGUUAAUAAAAGAUGAGAUUACUCGAUAUGAGCAAUGUGCAAUGUGUAAUCACGUGCAAUCAGUACGUUAUGUGCAAUUAAAGCCGCAAGAACGCAAUCAUUACAUAUAAAAGAGGAAAAUCUUCAAUGUUUCAAAUAAACUAAAUGAAAUGGAAAACCUCAAGGUAUAUUAUCGAAUACAAAAAAAAAAGCUAUUUUUAUUAACAGCAUUCGCACUUGUAAUUGUUAUCGUGGCGAUAAUAAUAAUCGUUCUUAUAAACGCAGACUCCAAAUGCGGCGCGAAAUUCGUCAGUUCUUCCGAUUUAGGAAGGUAUACAAAGGGCGCCGUGACAACUAAUGGCCAAGAAUGUGCAAAAAUUGGUGCCGAUAUCUUAGCUAAAAAUGGUUCAGCAGUGGAUGCAGCAAUAGCGGCACUUCUUUGCGAAGGCGUCGCGUCCUUACACAGCAUGGGACUGGGUGGAGGAUUUCUUAUGACAAUAUGGGACGCAAAAACCAAAAAAGCGUAUUAUCUAGACGCAAGAGAGACUGCUCCAAGCGCUGCGGACAAGAACAUGUUUGAUGGCAAUGCCCAUCUAUCCAUGUAUGGUGGACUGGCAGUCGCUGUACCAGGUGAGCUCAAAGGCUAUUGGGAAGCGCAUCAAAGGUUCGGAAAAUUGCCAUGGCGUGAAUUAUUUGAACCCACCAUUCAAUUGUGCAAGGAUGGAUCCCUCGUUAAUGAUUAUCUUGCCGCGUACUUAGUUGAGAAGGAACCUAUGAUAAAGAACGAAAGCAGUUUAGCAGAAAUACUUAUAAAUCGUGCUACUAAUAAAACGUGGGUUGCGGGAGACAAAAUAAAAAGAGAGAAACUAGCAGACACGUUAAGAUUGAUAGCAAAUAGUGGUAGCUCUGACAUAUUUUACAACAGCACCAUUACCGAUCAGUUAGUAAAAGAGAUAAAAGAAUUCAAUGGAAUAAUCACAAAACAGGAUUUUGCCAACUACAAAGUUAAAUGGAGAGAACCGAUUGCAUUAAAAAUGGAGAAAAUGACAAUAUACAGUGCUCCACCGCCGGGUUCGGGUGCAAUAUUGAUGUUCGUAAUGAACGUCCUUCGUCGACUUCUACCUGUAAAUGAUGAGAAUAUAAUGUGGCAACGUAUAGUGGAGACUUUUAAAUGGGCUUAUGCAAGAAGAACCGAGUUGGGAGAUCCUGAUUUUGUUGAAGGCAUAAACGAGGUGCUUGCCAAUUUAACGUCCAACGAUUACGCGGAAAUGAUAAAAGAGAGAAUAAAGGACGAUCGUACGAGUCAAGAUCCGGAAGAGUAUGGCGCUGUUACUGAAACGAGCACAGAUUCAGGAACGGCACACGUUUCCGUUCUCGCUCCUGAUGGUUCCGCCGUCUCUGUUACAUCAACUAUUAAUCAGGUGUUUGGCGCGAUGAUACGUUCGAAAUCCACCGGUAUAAUAUUUAACGACGAGAUGGACGAUUUUAGUUCGCCCAAUAUAACCAAUGGCUUUGGACUCCCGCCGUCACCGGCAAAUUUUAUUGCGCCCGGCAAACGACCGUUGAGUUCGAUGUGUCCGACUAUAGUAGUCGACCAAAACAACAAUGUGAGAUUAGUAAUUGGCGCAGCCGGCGGCACUAAAAUCACAAGCGGUGUCGCGAUCGGAAUGCUUUUGAAUCUUUGGUCUGGAUAUGACAUAAAAGAGGCAAUUGACGCAAGAAGACUUCAUCACCAAUUGCUACCUAUGAAUCUUCAGAACGAGCAUGGAUUUUGUCAUAGUGUAUUAGAUUAUCUAGACAAAAUCGGACAUAACACUUCUACUUUUACUGGAAUUGGCAGCGCGAUUACGGCCGUAUCCAGUGAAAAUGGAGAAAUAACUGCAAAUUCCGAUUAUCGCCGACAAGGAAAGACAGCAGGAUUUUAGGAAGUAUUUUGUUAGAGUGAACGCCAUAGUUGUAUUAGAGAAAUUAUUCUGCGUGUGCUAUAGUUAAAAAUAAGCUACAAUAAAUCCAAAAUGUAUUUGUACACCUAGGUUUUGUACAAUAUCUUUAUAUAAACAAAUGAUAUAUUAACAAAAACAGUAUUCAUUAAUAGUCAAUUAUGUGCUGAGUAACAUUUUUUAAUAAUGCGCAUUACAAAAAAUUAAUAAAGAAAAUACAUAAAUUUGAAUGCCAAAAAAGUACACUUGCGUUUUACAUAGAAAAUACACAAUUCUUUUAAAGUUUUUAAUACAAAACAAGUUUUUAAUCUUGCAUUCUGUAUUGAAUUAUCUCAUGACACAUCGAUAUGCAUUCGAACUUCCGUAAUUUUUUCGAUAUAAAUGCUAAUCUUCCAACUUUAUUAUAAGACAUACAACGGCAAACUAUUAUGUGCACUAUUAUUAAGUGUGGGUGUACAAAUACUUUUUGGAUCCACUGUAUUAGUAAGAUACUGUACUUGUAAGAUAUCUUUUAUGCUUACAAUUACCAAUAACUUUCUUACAUGGCAUGAAAUCUGUAUACCAAGUAAUCUGGCGUUAAAAAAAAAACAUCUCGGGAAGACAAGUAUUUUAUUUAUAUAGACAAAUUUUCUAUGUGAUUAGAUAUAGUAUAAUUUGCACAGAUAUAACGUCCGUUAGACAAAUGAGCAUCUAAUUGUAUAGUUCAUAUAUAAUAUUUACGCUCUCAUUGACUAAUAGUUUACUAAUCAUUGCAAAGUUUGCAAAAGUAUAUACAUGACUUUUUUGUUCAACUUGACUCAAUUUAUCUUUCUACUUUAGUCAUAGACGUAUAGACUAGAAAUUGCGAGAUAUUCGCUUCGCGACUUGUAACUAUAUCUUGUGAAUUCGUGAAUCGGCAAAAAUAACCGAACGCUUCUUUCUGAAGUUUAACGGAAUUUAACGGUGUGAAUUCACACACAAUGCUGUAUGUAACAGCUUAACUUAAUAAAAUCGUGUGUAUAUACAUUUGUGUCAUUUGCGUGUAAAAUAAAAAUACACAUUUGGAAGUCAAUUUUUUUAUUAUUUAUAUAUUUUUUUGUAUUAUAAUAUUAAUUCAGGAAAUCUUAAUAAGAAACGCAACUUUUUAUAUUACAUAUAAGAUACCCACAAGGCAAAAUUCGCGUACGUCGCACAUUCAGCGCGCGCGUUUGCUUGUUUCGCGCGAAGCUCACUUCAGCCUUCUCGCGUAACAUCCUACCGACAUUGUCCCGCUUUUUUUAGCGACGUCAUUGUUGACGCAAUUUCUAGUCUUACUUAUGUCUAUGACUUUAGCUAUGUCAAAAAAAAAAAACAGUCAUUUUAUAUAACAAAUUUUAAAACAAAAAUAAUCUGUAAUUAAUAACAUAGGUUUCUAUGCUUCGUAAAUAUUACUGUUGUAUCUUAAUUCACACACAUAUACGAACACGCAUUAUCUAAAAGUAUUGAUAUAUUUAUUAACAAACUUAAAGAAAAAAUUAAUUAUAAUGCACGUCUAAAAAAGAGAACAUAAAUAU